AUGCUUGGCCUCCCGCGCCGGAAGCCGGGAGCAAUUCGGCGGGGGCACGAUCGACUUUGCACGCUCCAUCCUUCGGCACUUCGCCUAUCGGCUUGGCAGGCAAGCUACCUUGAUCCGUCUUCGGCUUCGAUUCGUUAUGCUCAGAAGCUCCAACAAGCCCUAAAGUCUCUUGCAUCGCCUAAACCGCGCAAAGCCGCCGUUUACGUUCGAUCCUACGUGCCCGCAGGACGUUGCGUGUUCUCCACUUUCGAACCUCAGCAGAAUGUGUUUUUUCCUCUUACUUUCUCUCUCAUUCGCGGAGCAGAAAGCGGGCUUUGCCCCAGCUACCGCUAUCCUUGGGAAAGUCAAAGAGCUACCGAAGGAAAGGGAUGCAGUCCCCCUUGGCCUUUGGAGAGGAGAAGGCAGAGAAGAAGACGUCCUUCGCGCAAGUUUUUUUGCUUCCUGCGCCCUUACUAG